CUGUGUAUCUGCACGAGAUGAAAUCAAUUGUAAACAACAUGAUUAAAAGUUUAAUAAUGUUUUUAAAAUCCUGCAAAUUUUUUGGGCAUCAGCAUUCUGGAAGAAGCAAAGACCUCCAGCAUCAAAGCCAUGAUCCUCCGCCAUCCACUUUGCUGGACCGGCCACCUUGUCCAAAUGCCUGAUCUCCCAAAUCAGUUAUUUUACUCUCAGCUCAAGAACAGAAAACAGAAUGUCGAUGGACAGCAAAAGAGAUUUAAAGAUGGAAUUAAAUAUCUUUGAAAAGGGUGGAAUAUACAUCAAGAACUGGGAAGUCCUGGUCCUUGAGCAUUGGAACUGGAGGUAUGCUGUUACCAACAGACUGCGCUCUGGCACCACGAGAUGCAGAGCCAAUCUUCAGAAAUGGGGCUACAAAGUGGAAUCCACGACAUGCGAGUGUGGAGAAGAGCAAACCACUGACCACCUGCUGCAAUGCACCCUGAGCCCUGCCACAUGCACAAUGGAGGACCUUCUUGCAGCAACACCAGAAGCACUCCAAGUGGCCAGAUACUGGUCAAAGGACAUUUAAUCAACUUCCAAACUCAUAAAUUUUGUAUUCUGUAUUUUGUAUUUUUGUAUCUUGUCUGUCUGUUUGCUUUGUUCUGUUAGAAAUGUAAUAUAAAUGACUGGUUGCUGAUGACUCGAUAAAUAAAUAAACCAACAGUUCUAUGAAUUUUGAAGAGGCCCAAACAGUGGGCGAAAAGGGAAAUGAGCCAAGAGGAAUCUGCUUCUUGGGGUGGAUUGAGAAUGACUUCCUUCCUUUCUAGGCCUGGGCUGCAAAAUACCUCAGAGCUUAGUUCUGUCUACCACACUAUCUAAUGGAGUAUUUCUCAACCUUCCUAAUGUCACAAUCUCUUAAUACAGUUUCUCAUGUUGUGGCGACCCGCAACCAUAACAUUAUUUUUGUUGCUAUUACAGAACUGUAAUUUUGUUACUGUUAUGUAAAUAACUGAUCUGCAGGAUGUAUUUUCAUUGACUGGACAAAUUUGGCACAAAACUCUCUCAUGUUCAGUUUCCCUGAAGCCUGAGGCACAGGGAGAGCUCAAAGGUUGCAACGCCAGGGGUUGGGCUGAGGCAGAGUCUGAGAAACGAAAGUUAAGGCAUUAACUCUGUCUUGACUGCAGUAGAGCAGCAUUGGCAGCUAUGGCCUCUGGAGACUCUAUAAAAAUGCUCUGUGAGGAACUGGCCUGUCCCAUCUGCUUGGAGUAUUUCAAGGAGCCUGUGAUGAUCAUCUCCUGCGGGCACCAUUUCUGCCAGUCCUGCCUGGAUCAAUGCUGGGAGGGGAAAGAGGCCUCCUGCCCACAGUGCCGGGAGAAAGUGCAGGAAGGGGACAUCAAGCGGAAUUGGCAGCUGGCAAACCUGGUGGAGAUUGCCAAGGACCUGGGGAGCAAGAAGGCAGAAGAGAAGGGGAAAGUCUGCCAGAGGCACCAGGAGCCCCUGAAGCUCUUCUGCAAAGACCACGAAGCCCCCAUCUGUGUGGUGUGCGACAGGUCAAAGGAGCACAAAAACCACCAGGUGAUCCCUGUGGACGAGGCAUCAAAGGAGUACAAGGAUCACAUUUGGAAUUUUUUGGAGACUCUGAAGAAGCAGAGAGAGAAAAUUCUGGCUUACAAAGCAGACACAGUGCGGGAAAGCCAGGAUUGGCUUGGAAAAACCCAGAGAGAGAAGGAGAAGGCUGUGGCUGUAUUCAGGCUCAUGCACCAGUUUCUAGAAGAACAAGAGAGGAAUCUGCUGGCAAAAAUGGAAGAGGUGGAGAAGGAGAUUUCAGCCAAAGGGGAGGAACAUCUGGCCAGACUCUCCGAAGAACUCUCCUCUCUCUCAAAACUCAUCCAAGAGAUGGAGGAGAAGCAUCAGCAGCCGGCAAGUGAACUCCUCCAGGACAUCAGAAGCUUCUUACAGGGUUAUAAUGAAAAGGAGGAAUUUGAGACCUCUGUGGCUUUUCCUCCUGCUCUCAAAUGGAAGAUCUGGGACUUCUGUGAUAUAAAUCCCUUUCUGGAGGGUGUCAUGAAGCAAUUCAGAGACUCCCUGGAAUCUGGUCUUCAGCAGCAAAAAGCACAUGUGAUUCUGGAUCCCGACACAGCCCAUCCUGGGCUCAUCCUCUCUGAAGAUCGCAGACGUGUGACACAUGGAGAGAAAUGGCAAGAUCUUCCUGACAAUCCUGAGAGAUUCACUCAUUAUUCUUGUGUGCUGGGCCAAGAGGGAUUCACAGGAGGCAGGCAUUUUUGGGAAGUCCUUGUGAAGAAUGAAGAACAAUGGUCUGUGGGAGUUGCCAGAAAGUCUGUGCAGAGAAAAGACUCAGUCAACUUUGGUCCUUGUGGUGGGAUCUGGCUAGUGGGAAAGAACAAGAGUGACUACUUGUCCUCCUCUGGAAAAGAUGUGUACCUAUGUUUGUGUGAGGAGCCCAAAAGUAUUCGGGUGACACUGAACUAUGAAGGGGGUCGGGUUGCCUUUUACGAUGCAGACUCAGCAGCCCUCAUCUUCGAAUACCCACCAGCCUCUUUCUCAGGAGAGACCCUCCUUCCCAUCUUUGCUGUGAAUAACAAAAGCCAACUGGAGCUCUCUCCCCUCUGUCUUGACUCUGCAGCAAGGACAGCCAUGGCCUCUGGAAACUCUAUGGAGAAGCUCUGUGAGGAACUGGCCUGUCCCAUUUGCUUGGAGUAUUUCAAGGAGCCUGUGAUGAUCAUCUCCUGUGGGCACAAUUUCUGCCAGUCCUGCCUGGAUCAAUGCUGGGAGGAGAAAGAGGCCUCCUGCCCACAAUGCAGGAAGAAAGUGCAGAAAGGAGACAUCAGGCCAAAUAGGCAGCUGGCGAACUUGGUGGAGAUUGCCAAGGACCUGGGGAGCCAGAAGGUGGAAGAGAAGGGCAGAGUCUGCCAGAGGCACCAGGAGCCCCUAAAGCUCUUCUGCAAGGACCACGAAGCCCCCAUCUGUCUGGUGUGCGACAGGUCGAAGGAGCACAAAAACCACCAGGUGAUCCCUCUGGACGAGGCAUCAAAGGAGUACAAGGAUCAGAUUUGGGAUUUGCUGGAGACUCUGAAGAAGGAGAGAGAGAAAAUUAUGGCCUACAAAGCAGAUGCAGCGUGGGAAAGCCAGGAUUUGCUUGAGAAAACCCAGAGAGAGAAGGAGAAGACUGUGGCUGCAUUCAGGCUCAUGCACCAGUUCCUUGAAGAACAAGAGAGGAAUCUGCUGGCAAAAAUGGAAGAGGUGGAGAAGGAGAUUUCAGCCAAAGGGGAGGAACAUCUGGCCAGACUCUCUGAAGAACUCUCCUCUCUCUCGAAACUCAUCCAAGAGAUGGAGGAGAAGCAUCAGCAGCCAGCAAGUGAACUCCUCCAGGAUAUCAGCAGCUUCUUACAGGGUUAUGAGAAAAAGGAGAAAUUUGAGACCCCUGCGGCCUUUCCUCCUGCCCUGAAGUGGAAGAUCUGGGACUUCUGUGAUGUCAAUCCCUUUCUGGAGGGUGUCAUGAAGCCAUUCAGAGACUCUCUGGAAUGUGGACUUCAGCAGCAAAAAGCACAUGUGACCCUGGAUCCAAAAACAGCCCAUCCUCAGCUCAUCCUCUCUGAAGAUCACAGAUGUGUGACGUUGGGAGAGAAAAUGCAAAAUAUUCCUAAAAAUCCUGAGAGAUUCAAUCAACGUCUUUUUGUGCUGGGCCAGGAGGAAUUCAGAGGAGGCAGGCAUUUUUGGGAAGUCCUUGUGAAGAAUGGGAAAGCAUGGUCUAUGGGAGUUGCCAGAAAGUCUGUGAAGAGAAAGGGCUCCAUUUCCUCUGGCCCUGUGGCUGGGAUCUGGCGAAUGGGAAAAUAUGGGAGUGAAGUCUGGUUAAUCAACCACACUGUGGUCCAACGUCUGACUCCGAGCGAGGAGCCCAAGAGGGUCCGAGUGACACUGAACUGGGAAGGGGGUAGAGUGGCCUUUUACGAUGCAGACUCAGCAGUCCUGAUCUUUGAAUACCCUCCAGCCUCUUUCUCAGGAGAGACCAUCCUUCCCUUCUUUCAUGUGAAUGGAAAAGCCCAACUGGAGCUCUCUCCCUAAGGAUGGAGAGCGAGGUCCAAUGACUCACAUCAGCUGAGACACAGGAGGUGCUUUCUCUCCAGAGACCUGGGACUGUUGCUUCUCCUUGUGGAACCUCUCUGUUCUUGUUUUACAUAUUUGCUAAAAAUCAACAGGGAGGCUGGAGUGUGAAUAAUGAAUGCUUUCUCCACCGCCCAUGGAUCGGUCAGGAACUUAUUCCCUCUGGAAAGAUCAGCAACGAUGAUGACAGCAAAGAGGGAAUAAAAGACCCAGAUUUAUAUUUAGUCAAAAAUUCCAGGUAGUGUUGUGUAAUCAAGAGGUAGCGCUGUGUAACUGAAUGCAAAACUAGAUACACUCAGCAGGAGCCUAAGUACAGAGGUCAGAUAUACAGCUCUACUUCUACAGCCUUGAACUGAAAUAGUGAGGUUUUGAGUCAGAAGAAAGUGUCCUUCUGCUUCUCUGAGGAACCCUUGUCAACU